UCUCAUUGACCGGCGACAUCUUGCAGCAGGCGCCGACAUUAUAAAGGAUGAGAGGGAACGGCCCAAGAUGCCUCCUCGUACUACCCCUCGAGUCUCUUCGACCUCAGCAUGGAUUUCAUUGCCGCCGAGCUCCGACACGCAGGUUCUCUCGGUCUUUCCGUCGAGACUCCGACUCUGCCCUACCUCGAGCCGUACAUCCCAUCGCAGUACUCGAAUCGCUUCUGCCCGCCCUCCCCGAUCUCCUCCCCCGAUCGCAGUGCCCAACCCACAUUGAUGCCUGAGUGGACGCACUCGAAUUAUCUCAAUAUCUCCCCUCCCUCGGUGGCACUGCCAUCCCUCAUGUGUCAGACCCCGGUUUCGUCUGUCGGCUCAUUCCCGUCCUCGCCCUUGUCCCCGCUGUCGCUGACGGGUGUCGAUGGAGGCCCCAUUUUCGUCCCCAGAAGACCUACGCGCUCCCGCCGUGGACCCAAUCACAUUCCCCGCCCUCGGAACGCGUUCUUCAUCUUCCGCUCGUGGAUGACCGACCGCAAGGUGAUCCCGAAAGCCGUCGAGAUGGACAACCGCCACCUCAGCCGUACGAUCGCGAUGGUGUGGGAGAAGAUGGACCCACUCGAGAAGGCGCAGUUCAAGCUCCUGGCCGCCCAGGAGAAGGAGGAACACCAGCGCAAGUACCCCGAGUAUCGCUUCCGCCCCCAGGCGCGCACCAAAAAGCCGGCCAAGCGUCAUGUCCGCCGCAACGGCCCAGAGGACGAGGCUCGCUGCGUGCAGUUAUCCAAUCUCGUUUCCGAUGGGAUGAGUGGGCAGCUUCUCCAAUCGGAGAUCCAGAAGUUCGACCAACAGCAGAAGCAGACGAUGGGUGCUCCUCAGGCGACGAUUGAACCGUGCAGUGUCCCCGCAUCGGACCCGGUUACUCCGCCUUCCCCUCCUUCUUUCUCGCGGUGGUCGUCGCUGGCCGACUCGUGCAUGUCGUCUUAUGGUCCUAGUCCUUCGGAGCUGGCACCUCUCUUCGAGUCGGACUACGAGACUCCUACCGACAUGCCUUUUCUUUCCUCUGUUUCUUCUCUUUCCGUGGACUUGAACAGUGCUCUUUUUACUCCGGACGGUUUCGCAGACACCUACUUCGCUACUUCAUUCCUGGGCCAGUCUCCCUUCUGAUCAUUUUCGCCGAUUCGUCUGAGUGCUCCCACUGGGCACCUUAAUCUUAUUCGCAUGUCUUGCUUUGUAGCUUUACCUCUCGUACAUACAUUGUAUUCAUACAUAUGCAUCUCAAAUCAGUCAAUCAACUUUCUCCUCGUUGUUGCCAAUGAUCCUGAACGCGUCGACGCCUUCCUUGCCGAAGAGAGUGGCGCUGGCGACGAAGGACGCUCCCGCAUUCCGCAUGCGUUGAGCAGCCGCGGCGCUCGUCACACCGCCAAGACCGACAAUCAGCAGAUCUCGCAGCGGGGAGUCGACAGACUCGGCCCUGAGGAGUCGCGCAAACGAAUGCACGUUGCCCAGCGCCAGCGGGUGCAAUGCAUCCCCAGCCAACCCACCCAGCGCAGUGGGCACUGCAAAUCCCCGCCCCGGCCCCGUACACUUGCUCUGCAAAGAGAAGCGAGCUCCCCAGGGUAUUCGUGCACGCGAUGUACGCGAUGGGUGAUGCUGCACCCGGAGCGCCGAGGUCCCGCAGCGCCUGCACGACCUCGCGAACUGCGCGGCGUAGACAUACGGAGGGAGCUUGAGACCGAUCGUGAGUGUGCGAUCUGCCAGGUAUGCGUCGCGCAGGACCCCGAGGAGCGACGCGACGCUGGACAGGGCGUAACCGGUCGGCGCGUGCCCCCGGAUGUUGGGGCACGACGUGUUGAACUCGAUGCCGAUGCGCGCGAAUGUAGGUGAUUUGGCUCGAAGAUCUUGGAUGGCGCGUACACACCCGCAUCUCGACGUCUUCCGAUGCGCUGAUGCUGACGAGGAACGGUUUCGAGCUCGUCGGAGGCGCAUUGUCAAGAUAGUCUCGAUCCAUGAGAGGUACUGGCUCAGUUUGUGCGGACUAUAACCGUACGAGUUCAAGGUGGAUGUAGAUGUAGCCGUGAAGCGGACCUCGAUCAAGAGUCAAGCCGAUGCGGGAGAGGAAAGGGGAACGUGUGACCGACUGUAUGCGACGCGUCCUCUUCGAAUCCUUCCAAUGUCGAUGUGCGAGUGACGACAGCCCCAGUGUAGGGCGAGUCAAAGAGGGCCUUCAGUUGGCUGAGAUCCGAUGCCCAUGCGCAGGACGCGUUCAAAACGGUCGGCGAGACGGUCAGGAUCCCAGUUUGACCAUGACUUGAGAAUCAGAGUGAAGCGUGGCAGUGCAGUUGAACUAUCACCACUCACUCAUCUUAGCACUUGAUCUCUAACACCUAUGGGCUCAAUCCAAGCCACCCGUCUUCAGUACAUCUCUCACCCGAAAGAGUUCGAAGGGUGUUCUGUGACAGUUAUCCUCUUACAUGGCUCUGGAGGCAGCCCAGAGAACAUGCUUCUGUUUGCCGAAGAACUGCAUCGUCACGACGCGCUGAAGCAUGUCCAAUUUAUCAUGCCUGGGCCAAUCUCAGCCACGACAGGCGACCAAGUACGGGUCUGGUUUGACAUGCGAACUGACAAUCUGCCCCUCGAAGUACCCGGGCCCGGUGUGGAAGACGAAGCGGGCAUAAUGCACAGUAUCUCGUUGCUGAGCGCUCUGGUGGAGGAUCUGAUCAGGCAAGGUCGCGAGCCGAGCCGGAUCGUGCUGGGUGGAUACUCGCAGGGCGGCGGGAUGACGCUGCUCACCGGAUUGACUAUGGAGCGGAAGCUAUCUGGGCUCUUUGUGUUGAGUGGUCGUCUGCCGCUGAGAUACAAGUUCAAAUCCAUGGUCUCUGCCCAUGCCAAAGAUAUUCCCGUGUUCUGGGGACAUGGAACUAAAGAUCUGUUGUCACAUACGAGCUGGGCCAAGCUUGCGUCGAGUAUUUGCACUCGGAAAUAGGUAUGCCUGUGACGUAUGUGAAUUCGGGGCGCGAUCGCACCGGAUUGCCAGAGAUCCAGAAGGGCCUGGCAUUCCACACGUAUCGGGACAUGUGGCAUGAUAUCUUCCCUGAAGAAUUGGUGAAUCUGCGUGACUGGUUAACUACAGUAAUACCCCAGUGAAGGAAGAGAAUUAUCAUUAGCCUGUUUACAUGGGCACCCAUGUACC